GGAAGAGAGAGGAGUCUGCUACUGUUUUGUUUUCAUCAUGGCUGUUGUUCAAACAGAGGUCGCUCCGUGCUCCCAACCUUGGCUGAGGCCUUUCCACAUCUAUGGCGGGCUGGCGUGCAACUCCCUCAUGGCUGACUCCUGGUCAGACAGGACUCCUCUCCAUGAAGCAGCCUACCAGGGCAGACUGCUCAACGUGAGAACCCUCAUUGCUCAGGGCUUCCAUGUGGACAUGAUGACCGUGGACAGAGUGUCUCCUCUGCAUGAGGCAUGUCUGGGCGGCCGUUACGCCUGUGCCAAGUUUCUAGUGGAUCAUGGUGCAAAUGUGGACACAGUAUCAACAGAUGGCGCCACACCUCUAUUCAACGCUUGCAGCAGCGGGAGUGCCGCUUGUGUCAGGCUGAUCUUGCAGCACAGCUCCUCCGUCCACACUACAUACCAUCUGGCAUCACCCAUUCAUGAAGCUGCAAAGAAAGGUCACAGAGAGUGUCUAGAGCUGUUGCUGUCCCAUGGAGCUCACAUUGACCUGGAGCUGCCAGGCGUGGGGACACCGCUGUACUCUGCCUGUGUGGCCCAGGCCACAGAGUGUGUGGAGAGGCUGCUGCACUCAGGAGCAGAUGUUCGGCUGGGGUGUGGGCAGGACAGCCCGUUACACGCUGCGGUUCGAGGAGGUGGAGCCGAUGUGGUGGAGCUGCUGAUGGAUUACGGGGCUGAUGGGAGUUGUAGGAACGCAGAAGGAAAGACUCCUCUGGAUUUGGCAGCACCAAACAGCACAGUGAGGACUGUACUGCAGAAAAGAGGCCCCUGCUCUCUGUCUCAGCAGUGUCGGCUCUCCAUUCGUCGUAGUCUGGGACGGAGCCGCCUCCACAGAGCCUCCAGCCUCUUCCUUCCUCACAGUCUGACGGAGUUCCUUCUCUUCCAGUGAGACUCCUCCACUCUGCCUUGCAUGACCAUCUGUGUUUUUGCCUGGGUGCCUCAUACACUAGUUUGUGUCUUACAUAUUUGCAGUGUCACUUACCAAGGGCUGAAAAAGACAAAGGGAGCAGACACAUACCCAUAAUUCAGAUGCAAAAAAUGUUAUUAUCCAAAGGGAUGCCGGCGUUUCAACAUCUUGUUAGGAGAACUGAGUCAGACCCGUUUCUUAAUCAUUUUAAAUGGGUCAUGUGCUGUCUAGUUGCUAGACAGCUGCCAGUGAUCACAUAGUCCAUUAAUUUGAAAUUACCACACAAAAAUAUACACUCUGGAAAAGUCGCAUAUUGCAGUCACAAGACCUCAGAGUUUUCUAUAUUACACAAUACUUGCCCAGAAUAUACACUUUGCUAAGUAUCUCAGCAUCUGUAUGAGCUUAACAUUGUACUGCUCUUUGAUGUUUGCAGUAUAAUGUUUUAUUUCUAUGUGUAAUCUUCAUUUAUUAGCCCAUGUAAUCACCAGCAUCUGUCUUGUCAUGUCUAAAAGGGUUAAGGGCCAGGUCUGACUAGAUGGCCCUGACAAAGACUUCUUUGCUGGUUUCCAUCAGAAUAAUGAGUUUCACAUGAGAGCUGCAGGUGUGCAAUUACAUUCUUCAUCUUUCUGAGUCCUUUCUUCUGUGAAGCUGCUCCUGAACAAGGAGGAUUAUGUAGGUGCCUCUACACCUCCUCUAGGAAUGAGAAAAGGGUUUUAUUAGUUUUGUUUUGUCAAUUACUGCUGUUUUUUAAUUACUAUAAUAACAUUAGGGUUACUAAUUUAAGCCUUGUAAAGCUGACUCUAAGAAAAUAUUGCGGACACAAACAUAACAAGUUAGAGCUGGUGAGUCAAGUCACAUUUAUACUGUGUUCAUUCAAACCAGCUUCACCAAUGAAUGUAAUGUAUUUUUAUACUUUUAAUAAAAUGUUUAAUGAGUUUUCCAUUGUACUAGAAUGCAUAUAAGGCGCUAACACUGUGAUAUUAUGUGAUAUCAUGCAGUAGCAAGUGAUACUCAUUUCACAAUGGAGGCAAUAAAAAGAGCACAAAGCUGGAUUUCAUGACUGUUUUAAGCAGCUACAGUGGCUCUGUAAUGGCUUAGGACACACAGAAAGACACCAAGGUGGAAUAACAUUUGUCAAAACAGACACACACAGUGCUAUUAAGGAGGAAAAACUGAGUAUAUAAUAUUCCAUAAUAUAUCAUAUUCACACUGAAGGUCACCCACAAGCUUGAUCACCUGGACACACCGUUACCCAAACAAUAGGAAAUAAAUAAAACAAAAUAAAAUA